UGUUCGUCAUCACAACUUUAAACUAAUCUUUUCUUUUUUCUCGUUUCUAUCGCAAUACCAAUUUUUCUACAAUGUUUUUCAAAGUUAUCGUCAAAAAUUGCACCCUUAUUUAUUAUCAAAGGCAGCGUGAGUUGUCAAAAUUAAGCAAAUAUGGCACUUUGUUCACCGCUGGUUUCUCUCUAUUCUCAAUCUCAAAAUCAUCAAUUGACACAAGCUCCUUCAUGGCAGAACCAGUGAGUUCAGUGGAACAUCUUUCCAAAACCAAAGAUGACAUGAAAACGAAAGUAGAAUUGAUGAUACUCAGAGUUCAGUCAGAAUUUUGCAAAGCACUCGAGAAAGAGGAAGAAUCUGGAACUAAAUUCGUAGUGGAUAAAUGGCAAAGAAAAGAGGGUGGUGGGGGCAUAACUUGUAUAAUGCAGGGUGGAAAGGUGUUUGAGAAAGCAGGCGUGAACAUUUCAGUCAUUUCCGGGAUGCUACCCCCGGCUGCCAUAGCUCGUAUGAGAUCACAAGGCAAGAAAUUGAACGAUGGAGAAUUGCCGUUUUUCGCAGCUGGCGUGAGCUCGGUGAUACAUCCCAGAAACCCCCUGGUUCCUACGAUUCAUUUCAAUUAUCGAUAUUUCGAGGUUAGGGAUGGGGAUACGGUGCACUGGUGGUUCGGGGGUGGUACCGAUUUGACUCCGUAUUAUUUGAACGCUGCAGAUGCUGUUCACUUCCAUACGGUACUUAAAGAAACCUUAGAUAAGCAUGACAAACAGUAUUAUCCUAAAUAUAAGAAAUGGUGCGAUGAAUACUUUUAUAUUCCACACAGAUAUGAAACUAGGGGUAUUGGGGGUAUAUUCUUUGACGAUUUAGAUACUCCGAGUCAAGACAAAUGUUUCGAGUUUGUUUCUGAUUGUGCUGACGCUGUGAAGUAUUCUUAUAUUCCUUUAGUUCAGAGACAUAAAUAUGCCAAGUACAGUAAGCAAGAGCGAGAUUGGCAACUUUUAAGACGAGGACGUUAUGUCGAGUUCAAUCUAAUAUACGACAGGGGCACAAAAUUCGGGUUACUCACUCCCGGAGCAAGAUACGAGAGUAUUUUGAUGUCAUUGCCGCUUAAAGCAAAAUGGGAAUACAUGCAUCAGCCCGGUCCAGAUACUCCCGAAGGAGAAUUGCUGGAAGUUUUGAGGAAUCCAAGAGAAUGGGCUGUCAAUCCGUAGACAGGUUUGGAUACCCUGAAGUAGUUCAAAUUUUGAAUUAGACGAUGGAAAAAUCAAGAU